AUGAACGCUGCUACGCGGCGCGCGGCGUCAAAUGCCCUCCGGAGGUCUCGUACGUCGAUUUUCUCGACAUACUCGCGCCGAUGGAACUCUACAUUCGCGGAGAGGCAAUGGUCUACACCACUAGCGCGCACAUUGGCCAGUGCGAUGAAGGUCACCGGGCCGAUUCCCAUCGCCGCAUUUAUGCGCCAAGUGUUGACCUCCCCAGAAGGUGGUUACUAUACCUCCCGUGAAGACGUGUUUGGAAAGCAUGGUGACUUUGUUACCUCGCCGGAGAUCUCACAAGUGUUUGGAGAGUUGAUUGGCAUCUGGGCUAUUGCAGAGUGGAUGGCACAGGGGCGGAAGCGGAGUGGUGUUCAGUUGAUGGAGGUCGGACCGGGUAAGGGAACCCUUAUGGAUGAUAUGCUCCGGACGUUCCGGAACUUCAAGACCUUCACAUCGAGUAUCGAGGCUAUCUAUCUCGUUGAGGCGAGUGGUACAUUGAGACAGGUGCAAAAGCGCCUUCUUUGUGGUGAGGAGGCUGCUAUGGAAGAGACCGAUAUUGGACACCGGAGUACUUGCAAGUACUUUGAUGUACCCGUAAUUUGGGUGGAGGACAUUCGUCUAUUGCCGCAUGAGGAAGGAAAGACUCCCUUCAUCUUUGCCCACGAAUUCUUCGACGCGCUCCCCAUCCACGCCUUCGAGUCUGUCCCCCCAGCCCCCGAGAACGAAACGCCACAGGAAGUUCAGGAGAUCAUGACUCCCACGGGCCCUCAAAAACUCCUCAAGCCGCUCAAGGUGGCAAACACCCCACAAUGGCGCGAGCUUCUAGUCACAUUGAACCCCAAAGCCGUCGAAGAAAACAUCGAAGGCGAGCCCGAAUUCAAAUUAACCAAGGCCAAGGCCUCCACGCCUUCUUCCCUCGUCAUCCCCGAGAUCUCCGAGCGCUACCGCAAACUCAAGUCCCAACCGGGCUCGACCAUUGAAGUCAGCCCCGAAAGCAGGAUAUACGCAGCUGACUUUGCCCGCCGCAUCGGCGGUGAUACUAUCCCCGCAAAGCCUUCGAAGAAGAACCCUGUUCCCGAAGCACCUCAAAAAACGACUCCUUCCGGCGCAGCACUGAUUAUGGAUUACGGCACCAUGUCAACUAUCCCCAUCAACUCCUUGCGCGGAAUUCAGCACCAUAAGAAUGUUGCUGCGCUCUCGUCUCCCGGCCAGGUGGAUGUCAGCGCAGACGUCGAUUUUACUGCUUUGGCUGAGGCUGCUAUCGAGGGAAGUGACGGCGUGGAGGUGCAUGGACCCGUUGAGCAGGGUGAUUUCCUUCAGGCGCUGGGUAUUGAAGAGCGUAUGCGCCAAUUGUUGAAGGGUGUUGGGGAUGAGGAGCGCAAGAAGACUUUGGAGACUGGGUGGAAACGCCUGGUUGAGAAGUCGGGCGGGUCUAUGGGACAGAUUUAUAAGGUUAUGGCUAUCAUUCCGGAGAAUGGUGGACGUAGGCGACCUGUUGGGUUUGGUGGUGGUGUUCAGAUGUAA